AUGAGGUCGAUCGUGUUCCAGUAUGAAGUUGGUCGUGGUCUGCGGUCGAGCCCCGAGGUAGAGCCGUGCAACUCGACAAUGACGUCGAUGGCCCAGGGUUGUGUUGUGCGGCUCAAUAAUCAGCCUAAUAUGUGUUUCGUUGCGGCUCACGUGUUUGAUUUGAUUGAUAAUUGUGAACCUAAGUCAUAUGAAGAUGCCUUGAAAUCUGAGAAUCUUGUGCAAUGGUUGAAUGCUAUGAAUGAAGAGAUGACUUCGUUGCAUGUUAAUAAUACGUGGAUUCUUGUGCCUAAACCUGCUAAUUGUUCUAGUGGAUUGUACGGUAAGGUAAGAGGCGUUGAUGACCCCUGUCAACCCGAGUCCUGUGAACCGACUUUGGGCCAAGGGGAUUUUGGGGGGGUUUUCACGUCCGGGUUGUUUUCGGGCGGCGUAGCUUUGUGCGACGGCCGGUGGUGUUACCACUUGGCUUCCAGUGCCGGAAUUAUUGAGCGGGCAACCCGGAACGAGUUCAGGAUCGAGAGGUUGUUGUUCGGGGCCAAUAGGGAGCUAUCUGGGUUCUACGGGGACUUUUCGAGACCUGAUGGUUGCUGUCAGAGCCUACCUGAAUUGUAUGUUCUCCGGCAGCUGGAGAGUCCGGAGGUCCCCGGGUGGCUCCGCGGCCUGAUGGGCGAGAAGUUUUUCAACGCGUGCAUACUUCACGAGGGCGCCAAGAAAAACGAAAAGAACGUGUUUUGCUUGGAUUGCUGCGAGGGAAUUUGCCCCCACUGUGUUCCCGAUCAUCACUCUCACCGCCUCAUGCAGAUAAGGAGAUAUGUGUAUCAGGACGUUCUCAGGCUUGUGGAUGCUGUUAAGCUUAUAGACUGUGAUCAUGUUCAGUCUUACACCAGUAACAGUGCAAAAGUAGUAUUUUUACAUCAGAGGCCUCAAGCCAGACUCCACAGAGCAUCAGCCCCCAUUUGCAUUACCUGUGACAGAAACCUGCAAAAAUCAUCUCUCUUCUGCUCCAUCUCUUGCAAGCUCGAGCACGUGCUCCGAACCAGAUCCAAGCUCUCGAAAUACCUUCGCGAGUGCAAGCUCCUCGGGCUGCCCGAACCCAACCCGGAAGACGGCCGGAUGACGCCCGACUCUGUUCUCGAGCCGGCGGGAUCGGCGCGGACGGAGUCCUGUUCGGCCGGCGGCGGCGGGCUGGUCGACUGCCCGGCUCUGAUCAGCACGGCGACGACGACGACGACGAUGGAGGUGGUGAGGAAGAAAAGGAGCACUCUGCCUGGAAACCGGCCCGCGUGUAAACCGGUGUGCAGACCGGUUUCGGAAACCAACCGGAGGAAGGGAUCGCCUCACCGGUCUCCGCUUUACUGA